AGAAGAACGAUGCCCGUCUGUGUUGACAGUAGCGCCCUGAGUGCCUGCUGAGUAUUUUGAUGGCAGCGAAAUACUUUGCUGGUUUGGAGUGAAUUAGGCGAUUAAUGUUGGAGGAACUAAUGGUGGAUGAUCAGCUUUUGUCUACUGUGUUGUUUAAACGAUAGUUAAGUGGUAUUUUUUUUUAGCCAACAUUAGGGCAACAUUGGAAUCAGUUCUUUUCCCCCAAGAAACAUUUAUCCAGCGAACUUUUUGUCAAUCUGCCUUUUAACUGGGUCUAGUUGAAGUGAACUGACUAAAGUGAAACCCAGUCGGCCCAGCGGGGAGCAGGACAGGCAGGACACAAGAUGCCUCUGUUCUUCAGAAAGAAGAAACCCAGUGAUGAAUCCCAGAAGAGACUUGAGUAUCAGCUGUGUCGGUCUAAAGAGGCAGGUGCUGAUGACAUCCUGGAUAUCUCAGCUUGUGAGCUCUCAGAGGUUCCUACAAGUGCCAUUUCCAUUUGCAAGAUUGUACAGAAGAAGGUCCUCAUCGUACACAACAACCAGCUUAGGUCACUGCUUCCCAAAGGAAGUGAUAUCCUCUCUCUCGCCACUCUAAAGGUUUUGGAUUUGCAUGAUAAUAAGCUUAGUUCACUUCCAGAAGACAUCGGGAAGCUGGCCACAUUGCAGGUUUUAAAUGUUGAAAAAAAUCGUUUAAAAGUCCUUCCAGACUCCAUUGGGGACCUGAAGCUGCUGCAGUCACUUAAUUUAAAAGGAAACUGUGUCAGUGAACUGCCGUCUUCUAUAAGCUCUCUGUGCAGCUUGCGUACCUUGGAUGUGAGUGACAACCUCAUAAUACAGCUUCCCAAAACCUUUGCUUACAUUCGCACACUAGAGAGCAUUACACUUGAUGCAGCCACUAUGACCUAUCCCCCUGCAUCUGUGUGCAUGGAAGGUACUGAGAGCAUCCAGAACUUCUUGUGCGCUGAACUGGGAGAGGAGUAUUGCCCUCCAUCCCAGUAUCUCCUGCCAGUGCUGGAAAGUGACUGCGGGAAGCAAGACUCAGACUGUGUGGACAGCAUGGAUGAGGCCUGGCAGACUAAAUUCAGUGAUUAUGAAAAGAGAAAGUUGCAGAAACAGCAGGAAAAGCUGGCUUUCGAGCGGCACAGAGAUGAGAAGCAAAACGAGCACACCCAGCUUCUACUCAUGAACACCUCUCGUAAAGUAAACAUCCUCAACUCUGUUCGCCAGGAGCAGGAGCGCUUGGAGCAAGGGGUCAGCAUGCAACAGAGAGCCCAGGAGACUGAGAGGGUGCUGUUGUUGGAGAAAGUUAGACAAGCUGAAGACAACAUCAGCUGUCGCAUUAGCAACAUGCUGGGGGAUGACAACCGGCAGAAAAAGAGUGCCGAGUUUCUUCAGGCCUUGGAGGAAGAUCGAAUCCGCUUGGAACAUUUGACUGCCAUCACACAGGAAGAAACCAACUCUUUGAGGAAGCGAGAGGUGGCCUCGGCCAUGCAGAAGAUGCUGUCAGACAGCUGCGCUGUGAGCCUCCUCCAAGAGGCCAGUGACUAUCGCAGACGGAGCCUUGUCUCUGAGGCCUACAGAAGUAUGGAGAAUCUAGAGAGAAAGUUCGAUAGGAUGUUGUCCCUUCAAGUACUAGACAAAUCGAAAGCCAUUUCUCACAUUUUACAGGAGGAAGAGAUGCAGAAAGCAGCAUUCCAAGCUCUACAGUUACAGAAAGACUCUGUACACGGUUACAUCCGCAGCCAGAUCAAGCUCAUAGAGGGAGAAUUAAUGCAGCUGACAAAACUGGAGGUUAAAAGACGCAGUUUGGAUUCUGAAAACCUGCAGGAGGUGCUAGUGAAACAACGCACGGCUCUUGGUGAUAUGCUGCAGCAGCUACUGAAACAGAAGCACCAGAGAGAGCAAGAGCUGCAGCAGGUUCUGGUGGAAAUGGAGCUGAAGUCGGAAUCCAACCAGCAGAACUACUGGAUGAUUCAGUACCAGAGAUUGCUGGAUGCUAAGCCCUUGUCUUUACGCAUGCAGGAAGCAGGUGUGGAAAAAGAGCUUGUAGAUCUACUGUGUAAACUGUCAGCUCAACAUUAUCUGCCCAUUAUGGCUCACCACCGUGUAACAACAGAGGCCCUUCGUCACAUGAACCCCUCUGACCUAAAGAAGCUUGGCAUUAAUGAAAUUGGCAUCCAGAAAGCUCUUCUGAAAUGGGCCCAGGAACACCUGCCUGGAGGUGCCUGUAAGAUGGUCGAGCAGAGCGAAGAAACUGAAGUCAUCCCAUCAGAGCCAUCUUCCUUCUUCCCUCCAAUUCCCGACACCUAUAGCAUCAUGACACCCAGCCCACCACUGACUCCCGGUACCCCCAUCACCCCAUCAGCACCCAGCCCUGUGGAAGGACCAGGGGGCUCGGAGUGUGUGGUCUGCAUGGAGACCACGGCUCAGGUCAUCUUUUUGCCAUGCGGCCAUGUUUGCUGUUGUCAGGUGUGCAGCGGCGCCAUGCAGAACUGCCCUCUGUGUCGAAGCGCCUUAUCCCAGCGCAUACGCCUCUACCACAGUUAGAAUCCGCUUUUAUUUGUUGUGCAUGACUGCCGUGCUGCUGUGUACACGUGCUUGAGGCAGUUUUCCUAUACUAACCAAAAAUAUGUUUAUGAUAUUUAUGUCCACACCCCCACAGACUCACAUGGACACAAGUGUUUGUCGACAUAUACAGGACUGACUUAAGCGGACUCUACUGCACUUUUGCAAAACAUUUCAGCAUUUGGUUGGUUUGUAAAAUCAUGAUAAUGUGAGUAUUCACUGUUGUGUUUAUGGAUGUUCUCAUUCAUCCCGGUCAUUGUAUUCUCAGGGGUUUCAAUCGAGAGCACCUGGACUGUUUAGUUUGUCUUAAAGGUCGUUCUGCCUCUCAUCCGGCAGGCUUCAUCAGUUCAUACUAAUAGAAUUAGAUUGGUCAGAUGUAGUCUUAAGGCUGGUGUCAAAGCCCCAACUAAAAAAGUUAAAGUACCAAUGAUUGUCACACACACACACACUAGGUGUGGUGAAAUGUGUCCUCAGCAUUUGACCAAUCCCCUUGAUCACCCGCUGGGAAGUGAUGGGAGCAGUGGGCAGCAGCGGUGCCGCGCCCGGGAAUCAUUUAUGGUGAUUCGACCCCCAAUUCCAAACCUUGAUGCUGAAUGCCAAGCAGGGAGGCAAUGGGUCCCAUUUUUUUAUAGUCUUUGGUAUGACUCGGCCGGGGUUUGAACUCCCAACCUAUCGAUCUCAAGGCGGAAACUCUAACCACUAGGCCACUGAGAGGGUCAGAAUAGAAUAGAAAGUACUUUUUUGAACCCUGGGGGAAAUUCAGCACCACAGUUCGCUCAGAAUAGACAAUAAUAAUAAUAAGUAAUAUAUAACAUAUAUUAUAUAUAUAAUAUUUAAUAUAUGAAUAAUAUAAAUAUAUUGUACACAUAAGUGCAGUCAAGAAGGAUUGCAUUAUACAGUCUGAUGGCUGUCGGUGUGAAGGACCUCCUGUGUCAUUCAGUGUUGCAUUUUGGGAGCCUGAGCCUUCCACUGAACGUGCGCAUAUGUAUCCUCUAACCCAGGGGUCGGCAAACCAACAUGUUGAAAGAGCCCAUUUUGGACCACAAAUACAAAAAACAAACCUGCCUGGAGCUGCAAUUAAAUGAAAAGCCUUAAAUAAGUGUUAUAAUAAAGGCAACACAUGAUGUAAGUGUUUAUAUAUCAAGAUACAGGUGAUUCCUGCCGGGCAUUGCUGCCUGACACACCUCCUCUAAUACCCUUUGAACAGGUGUGCUGUGACACCUCACUGAACACCUCUGUGGGCAGAAAUGGGUCGUCAGUUAUAUUAGCCUACUAUAAAAAUGACUAUGUGUCUCAAUACUUUGUUGACAGAAAUGUUGAAAUGUAAUAUUUAUUCUACACAUUUUUACAACAUUAGAAAACAUAAUUAAAACUUGUCAGAGGGCGAGAUAAUUCUUGGAAAUGACUGUCUUAAAACGGCCGAAGGUAUAGAUGUAUGUUUAUCCAAGUUGAAGGACACACAAAUGGAUUUAUUACAUUCUUUGCAAGCUGAGUAACGUUUGCUGUGGUCUGGAACAACAUGGCACAAAAACAACUAUCAGAAAUGCAGCCAAUACUACAUACAGAUAAUGUGCCAUGAGACAUGCAAAUAUAAAUUAAAUACACAGAGGACAUAAGUAAAUGAGCUCAAAUAUACUUACACACAAGGUAUCAUGAUUCUAGCCCAAAUAGAAUGUUAGUAUGGGUUAGCUUGCAGUCAUGCAGUGACCAACUAUGUCUGAUUAGCACUCCACACAAGUCAAGAACAUCAACAAAGCUCACCUUUGUGUGCUCACGCACAGCAUAAAACGUUUGGUGGACAAGAUGAGACAAAUGAGUGGCAUAAAACACGUCUGAGAGAGUAAACAAACAGUAAGUUCAAGGACCGCCUAAAUUAAUUGGACAAAACGGCGCUCGCCAAUUACGCUCAUCAGUGAAGCAUGUUAAAUAUAAACAGUGGGAUUUCUAACAAUUCAAAAGGUUUGAGUCAUGUUUAUCCUCCUACAGAAACCAUAUUAAAACAAAAAGUAUAUUUUUUUCCCCCUCAUCUUUUUUAAUUUUCAUUCAUUUUUGACAAAGCUCCAGGUAGCCACUCGGGCAGCGCUAAAGAGCCGCCGCGUGUUGCCAAACCCUUCUCUAACCAGAGAUGGGCCUCAGACAAGGAUGGUUUUGCUCUAUUGUGGUGAAAAAAACAUAUUAUUCCCUUAAGUUGUAUGAAAGUCACGAAGAAGGACACUUUGAACCAGAAAGUUCCUACUCUAUCUCCUGUUAUUUGUUAAUGGCUAAAAUUGUUAAGUCUCUUAGAAAUGAAAUAGUUUGAAUAUUGGGACAAGCGGUACUAAAUGGAUGGAUGGAUUGUGUUGAUAUUGUUACACUGCCUUCCUGUGUUGGUUAUAAUUGUGAAUAAAAUGACCAAUAUCGCCCCUGUAACUACAAUGUGUUGGAUCGAAACCCAACUCUAUAGUAUGAGCCACUACUAUAAUUCACUUCCCAAACAGUAAAGUGACUUAGUUUUUUUUUUCAGAUUAUAAAGUCAAUAAAACUUACCACAAAUAAGUCAUAAAAUGUACAGGUAAUACAUAUUGGCUUACCUCACUUAUGAUGGAUCAGUAAGGAUGGGUACCAAUUUCCGGUACCUGUGAAACGAUACUAGUACUCAACGGUACCAAUUUUCGGUACUUAAGUGUGUGUUGAUAAAUAUUAAUAAUUUUGAUAAUGAAAUCUCAUUUUUUAUUGUAACAUUUAAAAAAUAGCUGAUUAUAGUAACUGCUGUACAGUUGUUAUAUCUUGUUUAAUGAUGACAUUCCUAUGUUUCAAUUACAGUUGCAAGUCCAAGACGUUAGAAAGCUAUAGUGUAUAAUUUAUGGUGUGUUGGCAAGUCAGUUCAGUCUUUGCUGUCCGGUCUUUUUUUGUGUCCCAAAAAGUGUUAAUAAUGUAAGUAUUGUACUUUUUACGCACCAGCUGUUUGAUUGUAACGUGCAUUUUAGUUGUAGUUUUCAUUGACAAGUUUGGAGGUGUAGAAAUCACCAUGUAAAAGUGUUAAUGCUAAUCAGUAGCAUGUCAAUAGCAAAGCCAAUGUAUAAUAGCAUCAAGCUAGUGCAUUUUUUGAAAAGUGGAGGCUUACUUUACUUCCGAUGAAGUUUUUUUUUUUCCCAUUACAUUUCUUUGUUGGCAUUAAAAAUUGCAACAUUCCCUAGAGGUAGUUUGGCUGAGACAGCUCUCAGUGCUGCUGAAUUGAUUUUCAAGUGCUUAAGUGCAAAAAGGCAAAACACCUGGGCAUUAUAUCACGCGCAACCCAGGUACCGUAACAUGGCACCAUUGGAUUUUGUGUGGAUAAGUGCCCGGUAAGACCACCGUGAUUCAGUUGGUGCCAAACAAGUACCAGAUUCGGUACCCACCCCAAUAAUUGGUAUUUAAAUUGUCAUCAUAAAACCCCAAUCAGAACCCCCCAGAUGCCACUAAGGAAAACAAGCCUUUUGUAGCCCUCUGUAAAUCUGAAAAUUGAGAAAUUACUUUUUACAACAGCACCGCUGCAAAGCCUCAGCAAUUGAAAAGGCAUUAAUAGACAAUUCUUUAGAUAGGUGAAAGAAAUAAAACGUCUCUUUAAGUGAUUUACUUUUGUAUCCCCUACCAAACAACAUGUAUUUAAAGUUUUCUACAUACUGUACAAGAAAAUUGUUGGUGAAUUUUGGGGAAUUAAUUCAUAAAAUAUGUUGUACCACUUUACCAAAAAACAGUUGUAAAUGAAAUCCAUUCAUCCAUCCAUUUUUAACCACGUGUCCCUUUCGGGAUCGCGGGAGAUCUUUGAGCCUAUCAGCUGCAUUCGGGUGGAAGGCUGAGUACACCCUGGACAAGUCGCCAUCUCAUAGCAAUGGAAAUGAAAUUGACACAUUAAUUGAAAAAUGUAUCAAUUCAAGAAAUAAUUGUGCAACCCUAUCUUGUUGUAACAUAAACCAACUUAGGCUUGCAAUGUCCCCAAUAUAUAUAAAUGAGUGCAUUCGUCACUGCACUGGACAGCAUACACCAAAUUGUGUGGGGUGUCUGGUCUGGCCAUUGUCUCAGAAUGUUGCCAGGUUGGAAGUGUACUGGAACAUUGCAUUGGUUAAAAAACUGUUUCUCACAUUGACCUAAAACAUACAGAAUGAUAUUGGUAUUACGUCUGUCAUUUUUUCCCUUCCUCGUGCACUUUGUUCUUGUUCCUCCACAAACUAUUUUUUCACCAUAUUUUUUUCCCCACAAAUUUCCCAAAGGAAAAACCAUGCUAUCCUGUGCACGCCAUCUUCUUGUUAGAGCAGUGUUUUUCAAGCACACUAGUGUGCCGUGAGAUACAGUCUGGUGUGCCGUGGGAGAUUAUGUAAUUUCACCUAAUUGGGUUAAAAAUAUUAUUUUGCAAACCAGUAAUUAUAAUCCGCAAAUACUGUGCCGUUGUUUAGUGUCUGUGCUGUCUGGAGCUAUACAGAGUAAACAUGUAAUAUUCUUCCAUAUCAGUAGGUGGCACCGGGUAGCAAAUUGCUUUGUAGAUGUCGUGAACAUGGUUUGUCGUGAUCACAAUAUGCGGGAGGCAGCGUGUAGGUAAAAAGGUAUCUAACGCUUAAACCAAAAAUAAACAAAAGAUGAGUGACGCUAAGAAAAGGCAUUGAAGCUUAGGGAUGGCUAUGCAAAACUGGCUGAAAAGUAAACUAAAACAGAAUGCUGGACGACAGCAAAGACUUACAGCGUGUGGAGCAGACGGCGUCCACAAAGUACAUCCGUACAUGACAAUCAACAAUGUUCACACAAAGACUUACAUCGUCUUGAUUGUGUAGACAAAGCCGGUGCGGGGAAUUUUCAAAGAAGACAUGAAACUACUACAGGAAAAUGCCAACAAAAUAGGAAAAUCCACCAAAAUAGUAGAGCAAAACAAGAACUAAAACACGGCACACAGGAAAAAAACAAAAAAAUAAGUCACGACGUGAUGUGACAGGUGGUGACAGUACACCUACUUUGAGACAAGAGCUAUAGUGAUGAAUGGUUGGGUGUGGUUUGAAUUCAUAUCCAACAAUUGUCAAUAUCGGCUGCUUAGUUUCAUUUUUCAAUGAUUUCUACUGGUUGUGUGCCUCAGGAUUUUUUCAUUUGUUCAGAAAAGGUUGAAAAACACUGUGUUACAGUAUAAAAAGUUGGAACUUUGGCACCAUCAUCUAGACUAGAUCUGACAAUCUAAGUCUGUGAGCGUGAAGUGAUGAAACCUGCUCAGAUGCAAAGCGAAACAUCUUCUAGGACAAACUGAACAGUCCAGUUGCAAUCGAUUAAAAGCCCUGAGAAUAUUUAAUGUAAUUUUAAAAUGACAUAACUCAAAGGUAGGGUUUAAAAUGGACUUUGUUGACCUUUUCUUUCAUCCGUAUGAGUUUCGAUGUGAAUUUAGCUCUAAUGCUACUAUAAGGGAAUGUAGUAUUUUAAAUUGACUAAUGUACACAAUUUGGGACUUUUUAAUACACUUUAUCAGCGUGUAAGUGCGAUUCUUUAAAUCUAUUUCGAAAAGGUGACUUAUUGACCUAUAUUAACUGUUCUUAUAUCUUACUGCUAAAAAUGUUGGACUCAAUAAUUGCUAUUAUUCACUAAUCAUAUAUAUAUGUGAUACUUAAGCAGGCAUUUGAAAAUUAUUAACAAUGGCUUUUAAGAUGUCUGCUGUUAAGUGCUUAAGUGUAUGUAGUCUCCUCCUUGACAAAAAUAUAUUCCAUCCAUCCAUCCAUCCAUCCAAUUUCUACCGCUUAUUCCCUUUGGGGUCACGGGGGGCGCUGGUGCCUAUCUCAGCUACAAACGGGCGGAAGGCGGCUGUACACCCUGGACAAGUCGCCACCUCAUCACAGGUCCAACACAGAUAGACAGACAACAUUCACACUCACAUUCACAUACUAGGGCCAGUUUUGUGUUGCCAAUCAACCUAUCCCCAGGUGCAUGUCUUUGGAGGUGGGAGGAAGCCACGCAGUCACGGGGAGAACAUGCAAACUCCACACAGAAAGAUCCCGAGCCCGGGAUUGAACGCAGGAUUACUCAGGACCUUCGUAUUGUGAGGCGGACGCCCUAACCCCUCUAUCACCGUGCUGCCCCAAAAAUAUAUUAUUAUAUAUAUCAUCAACAAGCUUUGCUGGAAAAUAACUUUUGUCUUUUUGUUUUGUUUGAUCACUCGUGUAUUUAUAGAGUCUAACCCCCCUUUUCUGACCAUCACUAAUGCUAUUCUAUUCUCUCAAGUGCUCUUAUAUAGUCAACACCUGAUAUUUAAGAUAAAUAUAGAACACACAUAACCAUCUUGUUUCAGUGUAAAUAUUCAUGUUGCAUGGGAACACUCCUACUUUUGAAAAUGUACACUGAAAAAUAUACGGGUGACACAAAUUAAAUGUAUAAACUGCU